CUGACUUGUUUUUCAGUGAGCAGAUCCUGAGCAGUUGUUGAGGGAGAUUUUAGGUAUAUCACUGAUAGAGAGGCAUAUUCUUAUGCUGAAUACAAAGAUGAUUCCUGAAAGAAUGGCACCAAGUCCUCAGUGGAAAAGAUUGUAUGAGUCACCACAACUCAUCCAAACCAUCAUGGCAAGGGAUUUAAGGGUCUCUAUGAACCAGGACUUAAAGGUUGAUAUUACACCCAAAAAAUUACCAAAACAAGCUCGAGAGGAUCCAAAACGCAGUAUUGACCGUACACAUCUCCUGUUUGAGCACAAGAAGCCAAGGCAGCGGUAUAUGGAAAAGGAUGGCAAGUGCAAUGUACACCAUGGCAAUGUCAAGGAAACCUACCGCUACUUUAGUGAUUUGUUUACUACCCUAGUGGAUCUCAAGUGGCACUUUAGCUUGUUUAUCUUUACACUUGUGUACACAGUCACCUGGCUUUUCUUUGGCCUUAUCUGGUGGCUCAUUGCUUAUAUCCGAGGAGAUCUGGAUCACUUGGGCGACAAAAACUGGGUUCCAUGUGUAGAAAAUCUUAAUGGUUUUGUGUCUGCAUUUCUUUUUUCUAUUGAAACUGAGACUACAAUUGGUUAUGGCUAUCGGGUUAUCACAGAGAAAUGCCCUGAAGGAAUCGUUUUGCUUUUAGUUCAAGCUAUAUUAGGUUCCAUCGUGAAUGCCCUGAUGGUAGGUUGCAUGUUUGUAAAGAUAAGCCAGCCAAAGAAGCGCGCGGAGACACUUAUGUUCUCCAAUAAUGCUGUGAUAUCAUUAAGGGAUGGAAAACUUUGUUUAAUGUUCCGCGUUGGGGACCUCAGAAGUUCUCAUAUUGUGGAAGCAUCGAUCCGGGCGAAACUUAUUAAAUCCAAACAAACUAAAGAAGGUGAAUUUAUUCCACUCAAUCAGACUGAUAUCAACGUGGGCUUUGAUACAGGCGACGAUCGUCUCUUUUUGGUCUCUCCUCUCAUCAUUUCACAUGAAAUUAAUGAGAAAAGCCCAUUCUGGGAAAUGUCUCGGACUCAGCUGGAAAUAGAAGAAUUUGAAAUUGUGGUUAUCCUAGAGGGCAUGGUGGAAGCAACAGGGAUGACAUGCCAAGCCCGAAGCUCGUACGUGGACUCUGAAGUUCUUUGGGGACAUCGAUUCAUCCCAGUCCUCACACUGGAAAAAGGAUUUUAUGAAGUGGAUUAUACUACUUUUCAUGAUAACUAUGAGACACCCACUCCGAGUUGUAGUGCCAAAGAGUUGAAGGAAAUUCAGCAUGGAGAACAGGUCCUCCAUCAUACCUAUACUGGGCAAAGGAAAAACAGUGCGCAGAAUGGGGCCCCUAGGUCAGAGGACUUAAACAGAAGAACACAGCCAGACUGAAAUUUAAAAAACAUUGAUACAUUUCUAAACAUUUAUAUGCUCCGUACUAGCACAAUUGUUUUACAUCAGUCUAUACUCAAUGUGUAAUCCUGUAUAUUUAGUUCAAUCGUGUUGUAGGCCUCAAGUCAGUCCUCAUGAGUUAAAAUUAUU